CAAGUACCGAAGUAACUCCUCGUUGACAUGCUGUGGCCGCGGGAACACUUCCGCGUCGCGUUCAAGCAAGUCGUGAGCGAUGCCAUAGACACACAUGGCGCCAGCGUGCUUCUGCUGGUGGCGUUGGACGUGGACUCGAUCGCCGCCGUGUCCAUCUUGACCUCGUUGCUUCAAGCGGAAUUGGUCGCGUACUCCAUGGUGCCCGUGGCAGGGUACAAGCAAAUGGCGGCCAUGACGUUCUCGAGCGAGAUCCGGUCCAUCUUUCUCAUCAACUGCGGCGCCAUGAUCGACGUCUACAGCACACUCAAGCUCACGGACCAAAAGGUGUACGUGAUCGACAGCCACCGCCCGCUGCAUUUGGCCAACGUGUACGACCGACAUGGCACGGUCGUGCUAUUCGACGACGAAGGUCAAGCGGAGGACGACUUCCCCGACGACGGCUCGGACAUUGCCGCGAUAGAGCUAGAAGAGGACGACGACAGCGACAACGAACGAGACCACGACAGUGACGACGACGAUGACAGUGAGACCGAAGCGGAUCUCGUAGACACGACCGCCACGAACGGAAAGCGCAAACGUACCGAUUCCACCGGGUCUCUUACAAGCGACGACAAUGGUGACGACAAUGGUGACGACAAUGGUGACGACAAUGGUGACGACAAUGGUGACGACAAUGGUGACGACAAUGGAGACGACAAUGGUGACGACAAUGGAGACGACAAUGGUGACGAUGACGUAGUUCGUUCAGACGGGGAUGGCUCGGAGGAGGAUGCAACACAAGACAACUCGGGGGACGGCGAACCGGAUGCCGAGCAAGUGCCGCCGCCCGCCACCGCUAUCACAUCCGACAAGCUCCCGUCCAAGCGAAAGCGACGCCUGGACAUUUUGCAGUACUACCGCGGAACGUUUCAUGGAGCUCCCGCGGCCACGCUGACGUUUGAACUGGCGAGCCAGCUCAAUAUGGCCACGGCAGACAAGGUCUGGCUGGCCAUCGUCGGGCUCACCAAGCAAUUUGUGGCCCAGCAGAUCGACGCCGACAACUACAACAUGCUCGUGCAAAAGUUCCAGGACGAAGUGCUGGCGUUGCCCAGCAACGGCGGCAGCAACGACGUCGUGCAUGACGUGGACGGAACUGUGUUGCCCACUGUGCAAAGUGGGGCCAUUGCAUUUGAAGAAGAGUACCGAUUCAUGCUGUACAGACACUGGUCACUGUACCAGUCCAUGUACUAUUCCAACUACGUCGCAGCCAAGCUCAAGACGCAAAAAUCCAUGAUUCUUCUACCGUUUAAUGCUUGUGAUACUUUUGUAGGCAAAGACGAACUCGAAGUGUUUUUGGCUCGCAUGGGGCUUAGUCUCAAAGAAUGCCAGCAAAGCUUUACGUUCAUGUCGCGUGACCUCAAGCAAACGCUGCGCGAGAAAUGCCGUGAUAUCGCGCCCGAGUUUGGCCUUGACGAGCUCUUCUACGGGUCGUUUCGACGACAAUUUGAGUUCAAGUACCAGUGGUGUGCGGCAGACGUGGUGCAUGGCUUGUCGGCGCUCCUCGAGGCCCCGCUUCACGUCGCCCGAAAGGCGCUGGCCGACCACGUGCCCGAUGCUCUGCAGGGCACUUCCGACGACGACAACUUGUCCGACGGCACUCCGUCGGCGCCAUAUUGGCAACACAGCUUCCACCUCGCUUUGGAUGCCCUUCCGUGCUCGUCCACGCGGUCGUGUGUGCUUCUCGAGCGCGGGAUGGCCAUGGCCAUGCAGCUGCAGCAGGCCGUGGUGACUCUGGGCGUGUCCAUAUUAGACAGAAAGCUGAUCGUGCGUGUCAAGCACUUCCGGUUCGUGUGUCUUCGCCUGUCUGAAGAAGAGGAGCACCUGUGCGGACAUCCGUCGACGCUCUCGCGCCUCGCGCUCUUCCUUGUCGACGUCCACCGAGAGCAGGGCAAAUGGAUCGGCAAACACGCGGCGCCCUUCGUCCUCAUCGCUCACAUCAAGGCGCGCAACGUGUACCUGGUUGUGGGGGUCACGUGCCCCGAACGUGCCGGCGACAUUCAUCGCAAGUACGUACAUGUGGAUAUAUAUUUGUUGGUGGAGACGCGAACUAUUGGAUGA